UGCAGUCAUUCACAGUAGCUGUGCGAUGCAGCGGCAGCUAUUAGUGGCUGUGGACUGUCAAUCAAUGAGACCCGCCCCGACGCUUCUCAGACGGGAAGCACGGCUGUUCACAACUUCUCCAGCAGCUGUGGAGUGGGACCUCUGUGGCAUCACGAAGAAUCAACUCAGCAACAAACGGCCAAAAUGUAGUGGAAAAGACAGCCAUACACUUCUUACUGAAAGGAAGUGUAAAGUAGAACACUUGGCGGUUUAACAACGUUACCAAGAGUUGUUUUUUACGCAGCAGGGACGCACAAAAUUCGUGCGUAAAGGUGAGACAAAGAAUACAGGAACUUUUGUGUUGAAAGAUACGUUUGCUUGGAUGGGAUGGAUGCGUCAGUGCACCUUUGGGACGUAAUAAAAUGCUGACAUUUGAGGAACAAUCAUUUCCAGAUUCAUAGUUUAUGUCUGCUUUCCAGAGUUUGGCGACAGCACCGGAGCGGAGCGCAGUGCGCAGCGGGGCAACAGAUGCUGGACGGUGACUAAGCCUUACGGCUGGAAAGCUCAUGAAUUGAAUUUGUCUGGAGUGCAGUCUUUAUGUAAGAAGUAGGACAAGCAUAACACCGCCCAACUGGUUCUUUCCGUCAUGCGUAGAGCCGCUCUGUCGUCCAGUACCGUGCUAUGAUGACCAGCUCUGAAAGUCCAAUUCUACAGAAAGUUGCAGCUAGCUGAUACCACAACUCCUGCAGGAGUUGGUGGAAAGUUUGUGCGUUUACAUCCUUACUUCUACCUCUUUCUAUCAUGCAUGAGAGCGUCGAGUGUGCUGCGGCUGACAGUUGCUCGGACGGAGAGAGCAUCAGCCUCAGUGUACUCAACUGGGAGCAAGUGCAGCGGCUGGACACCAUCCUCACCAGCUCCAUCCCCAUCCACGGCCGCUGGAGCUUCCCCACUCUGGAAGUGAAGCCGCGGGAUAUCGUCAAGGUGGUCCGGAGCCGCAUGGAGGAGAAGCGGAUACAUGUCCGGGAGGUGCGCCUGAACGGCUCCGCGGCCAGCUAUGUCCUCCACGAGGACAGCGGUCUGGGAUGGAAAGAUCUGGACUUGAUAUUCUGCGCCGAUCUGAAGGGAGAGAUGGAGUUCCAGAUAGUGAAAGACAUAGUCCUGGACUCUCUGCUAGACUUCCUGCCCGAGGGGGUGAAUAAGGAAAAGAUCACACCAGUGACUUUAAAGGAGGCCUACGUGCAGAAGAUGGUGAAAGUAUGCAACGACUCAGACCGCUGGAGCCUCAUCUCGCUCUCCAACAACCGUGGUAAGAACGUGGAGCUCAAGUUUGUGGAUUCUCUUCGACGGCAGUUUGAGUUUAGCGUGGACUCCUUCCAGAUUCGCCUAGACUCGCUUCUUCUAUUCUACGAGUGCUCAGAGCAUCCCAUGGCAGCCACCUUCCACCCCACAAUCCUCGGUGAGAGCGUCUAUGGCGACUUCCCCACGGCCCUCGAUCACCUUCGCAAGCGCCUCAUCUGCACAAGAAGCCCAGAGGAGAUUCGAGGUGGGGGUUUACUGAAAUACUGCCACCUGCUGGUGAGGGGUUUCCGCGCAGCUUCAGACAGCGAGAUGAAAAUGCUGCAGCGCUACAUGUGCUCACGGUUUUUCAUAGACUUUCCUGAUGUGAGUGAGCAAAGGAGGAAGCUGGAGUCCUAUCUGCAGAACCACUUUGUAGACCUGGAGGACAGGAAGUACGACUACCUGGCCACGUUGUACGACGUGGUGCAGGAGAGUACAGUGUGCCUGAUGGGCCACGAGAGGCGUCAGACGCUGAACCUCAUCUCGUCGCUGGCGCUGCGGGUCUUAGCCGAGCAGAACGCCAUCCCCAACGCUGCCAACGUAACCUGCUUCUACCAGCCGGCACCUUACGUCACAGAUGGCAACUUCAGCAAUUAUUACGUAGCACAUGUUCAGCCCAUCUACCCCUGCCCUCCCUCUCCUCCUCAACAUUACCUUUCUCCACAACAACAUCCCAUGUAUGGGACCUGGUUGCCCUGUAACUAAACUCUUUGCAUGUUCAUGCACCUUUGCAUAACAAAUGGAACCCAUACUCUUGAAAGGGAAGAAUAAAGAGCUUUAAUCUCUCCCUUGAGAUGAGUACUUGCGGAAAUGAGACAAGGAAGCCUAGCAGGCAAAAUAAGACAAAGAGCAUAAAUGAGAGAAAGGAAUGAGGACAAGUAAGAUGGAUCAGGGCAGUGGGCCAGAGAGAGGGUUUCCCCCUGUUGUAGGGUGCACCAGCAGGACGAGUUGAUCACACAGGAAGAGAUGCCAAGAAGAGAGACGACCCAUCAAGUUUUACAAUUCUCUCAUCCAUUUGGUUGACCAACCCAAGCUUGGCCUUAGAGUGACCAGCAGCCUGGGUGGGAUGAUGUUUGUCUUCUCUGGUGUGAGUUAAGACUCACUGAAACUCAAAUAUCAGACGAUGAACUUGGAUACAAUUCAUGUUAAAAACCAAAACAGAUUCAGCCCCAGAAAAUAACACAGGACACUCAUUAUGUGCUGAAGAUAUUGAUUCAUGGUCAAACAAUGGUGACUUUCUGACCUUUUCCAUGUGCACUGUGCAUGUACUAUUUCACAAACAAUGCAAAAGAGGAACUGGAUACUGUUUACAAAUCCAAAGAUCUACUUUGAUACUAAUCUUCCUGAAUCCUUUGGGGACAAAAAAACAACAAAACAAUGCAUGAUUUAUUUCUGUACAGGAAUAAUUUUCUUUAAGUGCCUAGAUGAAGCCUAAAGGGAAAAUAUAUUUUUUGGUUCUUUAGAGAGCUGUUGAUUUUUCCAAUUGACAUUUUACAGGUGAUAAUGAAUGUAUUGUGGAACAGGUAGUUCACUUGCAGUAAGCCGAGGAAAGGUCUCUCACACCGAGGGAAAUUUGGGAUUUUCUUUUGACAAUGUUUAGUUGAAGACUCUGCUCUUAUCUGCAGUCCUGCUGGACUAACACACAUCCUGAUUACUAAAGAGGAAGUAACAACAUAAUCUCAUCAUCUGUAGAGAGAGAGAGGGUGGUGGAGGCCGAAUUGAAAAAUGGUUUGAAGAGUAGUGAAGAUGAUCAUUUUGAGGAAAAUGUUAAACAAAAAUACGGAGAUUUAAGAUAUACAACUCGUGCUCACCUACAGGUGCUCUGUGGAGAUUUUUUUUAAACAUCCAAAAAUGUAUUCCUACUUGUGUUUUCCACCAAAACCUCAUGGUGUGUCCAUGAGGUGAAACAAAAUUAUAAGGGCAGGUUAUUUUUUUUAAAGUUGUUGUUUAUUCACAUUUUAAGCUGUGCUUUGUUUACACCAAUCUUUGCUUUAAAAAAUAAUAGGAGAUAUGUUCUGAGUUUUGAAAAGCAUUUAGUUAAAUUUUUCAGUGUUACCACAAGCCACUUUCGGAACUGGUAGUGUGAUUAAAAUCUUCGCACAUAUGUUUGUGCAUCCGGGUAUGCAUGCACAACACAUAUACUUGUUUAAAAUAGCAUUGCUCUAUAAGCUACUUGUGAUCAAAAACUCUACAGGGCACCUUUAAGUUCUGAGUACAAAGUAAAGUGGGUUUGCAGUGUGUUUGAAAAGGACUUUGAUCCAUGAAAAACCCUUUCUCUCUCAUUACACCUGAGGUAUUGAAACCCUUACACAAUCAAUACACUUUUAUUUGAUCAAAUAUGUAGAAGUCCUUUUAAUACAUGAUACAUAAGCAGUCAAACAUAAUUUUGAAAUGAUCUAUGCACCUAAAAAUGUUUCCUUCUGAGGUGCAAGAGAAAAGAGAGAAUGUCUGUACCACACAGUGAUACAACAAACGGUGUGUUUGUCAGAGGGGUGGAGGUUGGAGUGUGUAUGCACAGAUGUAGCAGCAGAGCAACUUUUGAAUGUCGAGUGAAGUUAUACGACUUGUAGGGUCAGACACCCAGCAGAGGAAAACAUUAUUUUAAAUCUGACAUAAAGCCCAAGAUGAUGUAGCACUGCAACUUUUGGCCAACAUAUAUUUCAUCCUCUCUUUUAUGGACAAAGGUUGAUUCAGGAUGUGUGGGAAAUUGGGCUGUGUGAGCAGAUGAAAGCUGUCAAACUUUUAUUUCCUCAUAGCACGGAGACACACCAAAGAAUAAGGAAAAUAAAGGUGAAGUACGGAUGAUGAAUAGUCACACAGCUAUUUGAAUGGCAAUAAGAGAAGUUGACGGAGCUUUUGUAUGAUUGUGAAAAAUAACAGGUGUACAUUUUCAACUUUACAAGUGCAAGAGACUCAGCAUAUUCUCAAACACGGCAGAUCUCCUAUUUUUCUAUCAAUCUCUAUUUUUGUACAGUCUGUGUUUGGCUGAUGUAGCAGGCAGAUUCAAAGCUGUGUCCAGUCUUUUUUGCGCAUGGUGUGUGCGAUUUUAAGUUUUUGUUUUGUUGUUUUGGCUGAUGAGGAGCAGUGCAGGUGGACACAGUGGCUUUGUAAAGAUGCAGACUUGACUUGUGUUCAUUGUAUGUAUGCUCUGAGCUGUUGUAUGGGUUUUUUGUUGCGCUAAAGAGAUUGUUUCAUUAUUCUUCAUGUGUUUUUAAAUGCUGUCCUUUUUGGACAUGAAAAAAAUGAUGACAUGAUAAAUGUGUUCAAGUUGAUCAACUUGAAAAUUAAAAAUGAAAAAAAAAAAAAAUAGCCAUCAAACCAGAGCUGUUCGGUUCAGUUUUUUAUCACUCUCACCACACGCACAAGAGAUACAGGUUUCCUAGUAGUGUCACCCUCUUGAACUUUGGGCUUGCGGAGAACCACAACCCAGGUGCUAAGAUUUGGGGCCCAGACUCAUCAGGUCAUUGCCCUGAGGUAGCCGUACAAUCCCAGAGGGCACAGCAGCAGCUGCCAGCAAGUGGCAGCUGAACGUAACGGAUUUCCCCUUCAAGAGACGUCAUGAUUCGCGUCAAGAACCCUUUACUGUCGUCAUCGAUGGAUUGCCAGGCUUCAUUAGCUCUGAGCGUUUAACAACAGCAGGUAGAUUUGAUGAAAAGUACAGACCUUACUACCAACAGAGCCUGGAUCUCCCGGGACACAUGGGAACUGACUGAGAAGAUUGGCUCCAGGUCUGCGUCUCUCUUAAUGCCUGGAGGCCUCAGCCUCCAGAUGUCACUUUCCCUGCUGACACUAGGAAAAAUACUUUACUUAUUCUCUCUUUCAUGAUGUCUUUUAUAUUUUUUUCUUCAGUCUGUCUCUUUGUAGUCCUGUUUUGUUUUUAAUUUAUUUUUUAUCUUUAACAUUUACUUUGCUUCUUUGAGUGAAGCUACCUUUGAAAGAGUUCAAAGUCUGGGACCUCUUUGAUCUGGUUAU